AUGAGCUUCGCCACUCGUCUCCUCGGCAAGACCGUGAAGUACGGUACCUUGGUCGGUGGAUCGGCAGUCGGGAUAUCAUGCGGCUACGUCUACUUCACAACACCGCCCACCAUACCCCCAAGUGGAUAUCGUAAUUUCACACCACGAACAAAUCGAAAGGAUAACAUGGAGCGAUUGAGGAAUGAAGUAUUUGACAUCGUUGUCAUCGGCGGAGGCGCGACAGGAGCCUCGGUGGCAUUGGACGGUGCCUCGAGGGGCCUCAAGGUGGCCUUGUUGGAGCGGGAGGACUUCUCCUCAGGAACCAGCAGUAGAAGCACGAAGCUCCUCCACGGUGGUGUUCGCUACUUGAAGGAUGCCAUCUUUAACUUGGAUUACAAAAUGCUCGUUUUGGUCUAUGAGGCGCUGCGUGAGAGGGCUCAUAUGCUGCAUUGUUCGCCAUUCAUGACCCAACCCUUGGCGAUCCUAAUGCCCCUCUAUAAGCCUUGGGACAUACUCAUGAUGUGGGCUGGUCUUAAGAUGUACGAGUUUUGCGGCAAUGUUGCGACGCUGUUCUCGCCAGGACUGCCCAACUCUUAUUGGGUUAGCAAGUCCAAUAGCCUACAUAUGUUCCCUCUCUUGAAAAACGAAGGUCUGCUAGGCAGUGUUAUGUAUUAUGAUGGUCAACAGAACGACUCCAGACCCAACUAUCUCAUGGCCGUGUGGUCAGUGAUGGAUGCACUCAUCCUGGUGCUCUCGGAGACCGUCUGUCCUUCGGCUGCUGUGUAG